GAGGAAAAGUGAGAGAGAGAGACUUUGUUUGGGACUUUCCUCUCUUGCUAGCUACAGCCUUCUUGACUGCCACUGGGAAACCAAGAUAGAGCAAGGCUUUGUUUUCCAGUCGGCAAAGGAUUAUUCUUGGGGCAACUCUCUAGCACCACACAAGAUUUGUUUUUCAUGGAAAGCAGCCUUUCUUUUGUCGUGGGAAUUGUGCUUUUGUGCUGCAAACCUGCAAUUUCAGAAAAUGGUUUUGGAAGUGGACAUACCUGUUAAAAAAAGCAGUGCAGUGGUGCAGUGUGUAACAGUCCCUGAAGAGCUGGCACCAGGAAAAACAAAGGUGGAACUUGUAAAAGGAUAGUUAUCCAGUGUUUGAGACAAUCUACAGUGACUUUGCUAAGUGGUCACAUGCUGCCUUUGGUUAGUAGCUGACUGGAAGCAGCCAGGGAGUGGCAGGUUGACCACACACUGACAGAGUGCUUACAGACUGUUGACUAAAUUUCUUUGUGCUGGAGCAUAGACACCUAGCAACCUGCCUAGUGUUACAUUUAGUUUGUCUGAUGGAUGCCUUUUUUGCAUGCUGUUCCAGUGACUGAGGGAGGAGUUUAAAAUGUAAUAUUUUGUAGUUUUUUGGAUUCAAUGGACACAGGCGUAGGCAGCCUGGUAUCCUCCUGUUAUCCCAUCCCAUGGUGGGCUGUUAAGCCUUUCCACUUGCCAUUGUCUGGACACAGCCCUCAUUCUUUCAUUACAACUUUGCCUGGACCCUCAUGAGCAUGAGCAUGAGCUUAUGCUCCCUAAAUGGGGAACCAUGAGGAUAAAAUGUGAGCCUCUGUUUUGUCAUGUGUUUUGGGUAGUAUCAGCAGUGUGUGGUUUCCAUGGAAAACCCCAGAGAAGUAUGGAGUUGAGAGGCUGCAUGAAAGCUCUACCCCUAUGUCUAUGGUCCAAGUGAAAUCGAAGCCAGCUUGCGUAGCGCUGCAGGCUCCGCCCUGGAACUCCGUUUUCAGACUCUUCUCAUGUGUAGCCAUAAGGAAUGUGCACAAGACGAAAGAGGUCCCCACAUUUCAACAAAAGACAACAGCCUUAUUUGGAAAUCUUAUGGACGAAGAAAUGAGUCGCCAGACUGCCACCGCGCUGCCCACAGGAACCUCCAAGUGUCCCCCCUCCCAGCGCGUGCCCACCCUCACAGGCACCACCGCCUCCAACAGUGAUCUGGCCAGCCUGUUCGAGUGCCCUGUCUGCUUCGACUAUGUCCUACCCCCCAUCCUGCAGUGUCAGUCCGGACACCUGGUAUGUUCCAACUGCCGGCCGAAGCUCACCUGCUGCCCCACCUGCCGAGGCCCCCUGGGCUCCAUCAGGAACCUGGCCAUGGAGAAGGUGGCUAAUUCUGUCCUCUUCCCCUGCAAGUACGCCUCAUCGGGCUGUGAAGUCACCUUGCCUCACACCGACAAGACAGAGCACGAAGAGCUGUGCGAAUUCCGGCCGUACUCCUGCCCCUGCCCCGGCGCCUCCUGCAAAUGGCAGGGCUCCCUGGACGCUGUGAUGCCUCACCUGAUGCACCAGCACAAGUCCAUCACCACGCUGCAGGGGGAGGACAUCGUGUUUCUGGCGACGGACAUCAACCUGCCAGGCGCGGUGGAUUGGGUAAUGAUGCAGUCCUGCUUCGGCUUCCACUUCAUGCUGGUGCUGGAGAAGCAGGAGAAGUAUGAUGGCCACCAGCAGUUCUUUGCCAUCGUGCAGCUCAUCGGGACUCGCAAGCAGGCUGAGAACUUCGCCUACCGGCUGGAGCUCAAUGGGCACCGGCGCCGCCUGACCUGGGAGGCCACGCCGCGAUCCAUCCACGAGGGCAUCGCCACGGCAAUCAUGAACAGUGACUGCCUGGUGUUCGACACGUCCAUCGCACAGCUGUUCGCCGAGAACGGCAACCUGGGCAUCAACGUUACCAUCUCUAUGUGCUAAGAACUUUCAAGAGAAGAGGGUCAAUUGAGUCUGAUUGUCGGGGGCAUUUUACAGGGGGUCAAAUCAGUUGUGACCUCACAGCACCCCCUCCCCCCACCCCCCACUCCCCCCGCCUCACCCCCUGAGACGUGGAACUGGACUGUCUGAUUGGGCAGCUGUGGAGGCCCAGGGGGUGGGAUGGAUGGAUGGAUGAGUGAAGGAAUGAAUAAACACAAGGACAUAACUCUGUAGUGAGGCUCUAGACUUCUACACACACCCACACAUAAACACACAUAUGUGAGACGUGUGCACGCACAUGCAGUCUCACACUCUCUGGUCAUAAACACAAACUGAAAAGCUGUUCGCUCAGCAGUUCGUCAAACUCGUCUCUUCAAGUGAUUUCCCACCGCUCUUAUUUUAGUGUUUCUCUUUUUUCUCUUCCCCUCAAGCAUCCUCAGACAUUUCAAACACUACGGCUCUCGGACCCUCGCUCCGAGGUGCUGGAGGCUGGUCACCACUGAGCAGCUCUGUGCCCCAACAGAGGCUCGAGUUAUAUUUCAACAUGGACUCCUGGUCAGUGCUGGGUAGCUAGCCAGCUAUCUAGCCUCCACCUCGCGUUCCCUGCUGUUUGUAGUCCUCCUCAGUACCCGUCAGACCUCCUGGAUGGAACGAUAGCGGCACGUGUAGGGCUGCAAAUGUGGAGAUUUGGGUAUAUAUCUUCACAUGUGACUGGCGUGGCUAUCGACGGCUGGGACUGGAACCGUCACCCCUACACAUGGACAGCUGUAGCACCCAUAACCAUAGACACCCAGUUAUGUCCAGGACUGCAGUAAAGGAACUCAGGCGCACCUGGUUUCCUUCUGGUCCACAGCGGUCCACUCAAGGCUAAAGGUUCUUUAAAUAGUUGACUGUCGUUGUUGAUAGUUAUUAGAACAGACUCUGCUCUCAUACUGUAUGGAUUGAAGAAGGCCCUUAGCUACAUCAGUCCUGGAGGUCUUUAUUUGUAUUUUCAUGGAGAGGACUCAUCAGUUCAGUUCUUACACACACAAAACCUACGCCUGUUCUUUGCAUUACUGGCUGUGUGUGCAGGUGUAGUAGUCGAUGAAUUGAGUGUGUAUCAGAGAAUUAUUGACCGAGGAUUAGAGGGGCCUUUUUUGUUUUUCAGAAUGAAAACACUGAAAAAAACACUGCAUUUCAGUUGACACGGUUUUCUUUUGGGGUUCAUUUCUCAAGUCUUUUGUUUCUUUUUGAUUGUUAUAGGUGUUU